CAUUGCAAAAAGCGCAUAAGUUUGCUGCAAAAUUAGGUCACAUGAGCUGAAAAUUAUUGAGUGAGAGAGAUUCGUUUGGCAUUGGAGAUGAGGAGAUUUUGUCUGCGCAAUGGUAUUCCUUCUCUCUCUUUGUCUCCUAAUUCUCAUUCUUGUUUUACGGCAAUUACAGUGAGAAUUUAUAGUAAUAAAUCCAUUUCUGCAAUGGAUAAAUUUGAUUUUGGGGUUAACAUCAACUGUUUAGAUGAUGCUGUGAUUCUCUUUAAGCAAAUGGUUACAAUGAACCGUCUUCCUUCUCUUGUUGACUUCUCUAAAUUAUUUAAGACUAUGAUAAAUAUGAAGCAUUAUUCUGCUGUCCUUUCUCUUUUUCGAGAAAUGCAGAAAUUGGGUAUCCCAAUUGAUGGAGUCAUCUUAAAUAUUGUCAUUAAUAGUUAUUGCCUGAUGCAUCGUGUUGAUUGUGCAUUUUCGGUGUUACCCAUUUACCUCAAGAAUGGUAUUCCGUUUAAUGUUGUAACCUUUAACACCCUAUUAAGGGGAAUCUUUGCUGAAAAUAAGGUCAAAGAUGCAGUUGAAUUGUUCAAAAAGUUGGUGCGAGAAAAGAUUUGUGAACCUGAUGAAGUCAUGUAUGCAACCGUCAUGAAUGGGCUUAGUAAAAGGGGUCAUACGGAGAAGACUUUAAGUUUGCUCCGGUUAAUGGAACAAGGGAACACUAAGCCCAACUUAAUUAACUACAACAUCAUCAUAGAUGCCCUUUGUAAAGAUGGAAACUUAGAUGCUGCUAUCAAUCUUAUGAAUGAGAUGAAGCAGAAAGAUAUUCCUCCAAACAUAGUUACAUAUAACUCAAUAAUUGAUGGUAUGUGUAAGCUUGGUGAAUGGGAAAAGUGUAAGACUUUGUUCUCUGAGAUGGUAAACCUUAAUAUUUAUCCAAAUGUACGCACCUUCAACAUACUAACAGAUGGACUAUGCAAAGAAGGGAAAGUCGAAGAUGCCAAGGAAGUAAUGGGAUACAUGAUUGAAAAAGGUAUAGAGCCUGAUAUAAUCACCUACAAUGCAAUAAUGUAUGGAUAUUGUUUGAGUGGUCAACUUGAUGGAGCGAGGAAACUUUUUGAUUUCAUGAUAAGUAAGUGCAUUGAGCCUAACAUUGUUAGCUAUAACAUACUAAUAAAUGGAUACUGUAAGAAAAAGAAAUUGGCUAAGGCCAUGCAAUUGUUUUGUGAAAUUUCUCAAAAGGGACCAAAGCCUACUACUUUUAUCUACAAUACUAUCUUGCAAGGUCUGUUUGAUGUCGGAAGAAUUGGAUCUGCUAAAAAUAUCUAUGCUGAGAUGCUAUCUGCAAGGUGUAUUCCUGAUUUGUACACUCACGGCACUUUGCUCAAUGGUUAUUUUAAGUAUGGACUUGUUGAAGAAGCUAUUUCACUCUUUAAUAAGUUGGAAAAACAGGGAGAAAAUACUGAUAUUGAAUUUUACAAUGUUGUCAUUAAUGGAUUGUGCAAAAAUGGUAAACUCGACAAAGCUCGUGCUCUUUUUGAGAAGCUUUCUUCAAUGGGAUUGCUUCCGAAUGUGAGAACAUACACUACAAUGAUAACUGGAUUUUGUCUACAAGGAUUAGUAGAUGAAGCUAAAGAUAUGCUUAGGAAAAUGGAGGGCAACAAUUGUUUUCCAGACAAUGUCACCUACAAUGUUAUGGUGCAAGGAUUCCUCAGGUGCAGCAGAAUUAGUGAAAUGACAACUUUCACGAAGGAAAUGACCGGAAGAGGCUUCUCAUUUGAUGCAUCUACAACUGAGUUGUUGGUAAACAUUAUAAUGGAGAAUCCUUUUGUCCUUGACAUGAUACCCGAGCUUCACUUGAAAAAUAAGAAGUGAAUAUUUCUUUCGCUUGGUUUAUUCGGCUAUGCUAUCACUGUGAUACAAUUUCCCUUUUAUCCAUGCAAAAGAAAUGGCAUACUAUGCAAUUGCAGAAGCUGAUCGCACUUAGGAUGCUGCUUGAGAUUUUUAGGCAGGCCUAUUGAAGAGGUUGCUUUUGCUUACUCACUGUGGUGGAAGUUUAUGAAAGAUGGCAAGUUUAUUGUCAAAGUAUGUUUUAGAAAUUUUUGGGGAAUAUGGGAAGCAUUCAAAAGGACUGGCCAUUGAGAACAAUUUGGAAGACAAUUGCACCCCUGGAAGCCACCUGUUUCACUUGGAUCGCUACUCCCGAAGCUUGUUCUGUGCAGCAGCCAGCAGAUGCUUUUUGUGUGAAAGUGCUCAUGAAUAAGUAAAUCAUCUACUGCUUGACUGCACCUUCACUAGACAGAUCUGGACAAUGUUUCGUGCUAUUUUUGGUGUCCAACAGGUCAUGCCAGGAUGCAUUAAACUUGCACUAAACAGCUGGAACGAGCAGCUUCACAAAGGGACAAUGAACACUAUGAAAUUGCUAUUCCUUCAUUUUAUGGUCUAUUUGGAUGGAGAGGAAUUGUAGAUAUU